CGGCAGAGAGACGCACUCAGCGGCUGUGGAACCCGUGUCGGUCCGAUUCCCCCCCCCCUCCCCUCUCAUCGGAUCUGCUGCUUUGUCCUCAACUUGCGGAAUACAAACAUCUUGAGAAGCUGCCUCCCAGAGGUGAGGUCAUCACCAUGACGGCGUCCUUGCGGGACUCCUCCCCCUUGUCUGUGGCCAGCUUCUUCUUCUUCCUCCUCCUCCUCCCGACCUGUGGCGCGCUGGACGCCGACCCCCCACCCCCCCAGGUGCUGUUUGACCAGCCAGAGUGCAGCAAGAAAGAGCAUCCGAAGGUCUCCGUGCAAGCUCUAAGUCCUUGGAUUUCUUCCUUCUCGCUCCGCGGCGUGAGAGACUUCUCCCAGCUCACCCUGGACCUGACUCGGAAUGAGCUCAUUGUGGGAGCCAGAAACUUCCUGUUCAGACUGGACCUCGCUAACCUGUCGCUGAUUCAGGCGACGGAGUGGGCACCAGACGAGGAGACCAGGCGGUCCUGUCAGAGCAAAGGCAAAACAGAGACGGACUGUCAGAACUACAUCCGGGUCCUUUUGGUGAACAAGACGGAGGUGAUGACCUGUGGGACCAAUGCCUUCCAGCCGAUGUGCAUCACCAGAGAGGUGGGCAACAUGAGCAGCGUGUUGGAGCGGGUGAACGGCGUGGCGCGCUGCCCUUACGACCCCCGCCACAACUCCACGGCGGUGGUGACGGAGAGCGGCGAGCUGUACGCCGCCACCGUCAUCGACUUCUCGGGCCGCGACCCGGUGAUCUACCGCAGCCUGGGGGGCAUGCCGCCGCUCCGCACGGCGCAGUACAACUCCAAGUGGCUCAACGAGCCUCACUUCAUCUCGGCCUACGACAUCGGGCUCUUCACCUUGUUCUUCCUGCGGGAGAACGCGGUGGAGCACGACUGUGGGAGGACGGUCUACUCCCGCGUGGCUCGGGUCUGCAAGAACGACGUGGGGGGGCGCUUCCUGCUGGAGGACACCUGGACCACCUUCAUGAAGGCCCGCCUCAACUGCUCCCGCUCCGGGGAGAUCCCCUUCUACUACAACGAGCUGCAGAGCACCUUCUACCUGCCCGAGCAGGACCUGCUCUACGGCAUCUUCACCACCAACGUCAACAGCAUUGCAGCGUCCGCUGUGUGCGCCUUCAACCUGAGCGCCAUCACGCAGGCCUUCAAUGGGCCCUUCCGCUCCCAGGAGAACCCCCGCUCCACCUGGCUGCCCACCCCCAACCCCAUUCACAACUUCCAGUGUGGAACCAUCAAGGACAAGGGACCCAACGAGGGUCUGACUGAGCGCAGCCUGCAGGACGCCCAGCGGCUCUACCUGAUGAACGACGUGGUGCAGCCAGAGUCCACCGACCCGCUCGUCAUGCAGGACGACGUGCGCUUCUCCAGCCUGGUGGUGGACAUCGUGCAGGGCAUGGACACGUUGUACCACGUCAUGUACAUCAGCACAGAAUACGGCACCAUCUUGAAGGCGCUGGCUACGCCCAACAAGAACCUCCAGGGCUGCUACCUGGAGGAGAUGGAGGUCCUCCCGACGGGGGCCCGAGAGCCCAUCCUCAGCCUGCAGAUCCUGCACAGCGACAGGUCGCUCUUCGUCGGGCUGAACGACCGAGUCCUGAAGAUCCCGCUGGAGAGGUGUUCCUCCUACAGGACGGAGACGCUGUGCUUGGAGGCGAGGGACCCGUACUGUGGCUGGGACUCGAGGCAGCGGCGCUGCACCACGCUGGAGGAGAGCGCCAACAUGAGCCAGUGGAAGCAGAACAUCUCCGUGUGUCCGCUGCGUAAUCAAACAACCAACGGCGGCUUUGGGCCCUGGGCGCCAUGGCAACCUUGCAACAACGACGACGGAGCGGAUGGCGUGAGCUCCUGCUCGUGUCGCUCCAGGUCAUGUGACAGCCCCGCCCCCCGGUGCGGAGGCAGGAACUGCGAAGGGCCCGCCAUCGAGGUCUCCAACUGCUCCAGAAACGGAUGCUGGACGCCGUGGUCGUCAUGGGGACAGUGCAGCACGACCUGCGGCACGGGCUUCGAGCUGCGACAGCGGUCCUGCAGCAACCCGUCGCCGCGGCACGGGGGCCGUGUGUGCGUGGGGCCGAGCCGGGACGAGAGGUUCUGCAAUGAGGGCACUUCCUGUCCCCAGCCCGUCUUCUGGUCUCCGUGGGGGUCCUGGACCAAGUGCAGCACAGAGUGCGGCGGGGGGGUCCACUCCAGGGUCCGGAAUUGUGAGAACGGAAACAGCUGCCCGGGAUGCGCUCUGGACUACAAGGCCUGCCACUUGGAGGCGUGUCCAGAGGUAAAGAGGAGCACGCCGUGGACGCCCUGGAUGCCCGUCAACGUGACGCAUGGUGGAGCCCGCCAGGAGCAGAGGAUGCGUUACCUGUGCCGAGCUCACCUGUCCGACCCCCGCGAGCUGCAGAUCGGACGCAGGAAGGUGGAGACGCGCUUCUGCCCCAACGACGGCACGGCGGCCUGCGAGACAGACGCGCUUGUGGAGGAGCUCCUGAAGACGCCGCUGGUGAGGGUGGGCGGGGCCGGCUGGUCGUCGUGGGAGACCUGGUCCAGCUGCUCUCAGAGCUGCUCCAAAGGCUACCGGACCCGCCGGAGGAGCUGCUCCGGGCCGGAGGGGAAGAGCCCCCCCGUGGCCUGCCGGGGGUCACCUGUGGAGUACCAGGACUGCAAUGUCCAGGCGUGUCCCGUGAAGGGGGCGUGGUCCUGCUGGUCGUCCUGGUCCCAGUGCUCGGUGGGAUGCGGCGGCGGUCACUACCAACGCACGCGCUCCUGCAACAGCCCGCCGCCCGCCAGCGGGGGGGAGAUCUGCCUGGGCCUGCACACCGAGGAGGCCCUGUGCAACACACACACCUGCGAAGGCGGCUGGAUGGCCUGGUCGCUGUGGUCGGCCUGCGAGGACUCGGGCUCUCAGAUGAGGAGCAGGCUCUGCGGCGCUCAGGGGGGCGGAGCUCAGGGGGGCGGAGCUUCGUGCGUGGGGAACGGGACGCAGCGCAGAGAGUGCAACGAGAUACCAGUCAUCCUCUCUGCAUCACAGAGGCAGCACUGUGGAGCCUUCACGUCCGUCCACCUCAUCGCCACGGGCGUGUCCUGCUUCCUGGGGGCGGGGCUUCUGUCCUUCCUCGCCUACGUCUACUGUCAGCGCUUCCACAAGCCCUCGCAGGAGUCCGCCGUCAUCCACCCGACGACCCCCAACCACCUCAACUACAAGGGCAACACCACGCCAAAGAACGAGAAGUACACGCCCAUGGAGUUCAAGACUCUGAACAAGAACAACCUGCAGCCGGACUCCAACUUCUACCCGGCGCCGCUGCAGCAGACCAACGUCUACACCACCACCUACUACCCCAAGUACGAGUACCAGCCCACCGCCUCGCCCCCGCCCUGCAGGACCUACAACCAGAACAACAACAGCUGAGCCCCCACCCCCCCCCCCCGCGGACCUCCUCCCCCGCCCUCGUACCCGCCUCGUUGGCUUUCUGCUAAUGAUGGAGCCUUCCCGGGUCUGAGUGCUAGUGCAUUCUGGGACAUCUGCAACUGGCUGGUAGAGGGGGUGGGGGUGUAAUUAACAGAAACCCUUUGUGACCAGAACAUCUGAAUCCUUUGGAUGUGGAUCAGCUCUCCCAUCAGAAACAACAGAGGAGAAAGGCGGGGGGGGGGGGGGGUGGCCCUCGUUGGCGUUUCACACAACUUCAGAGGAUCUAACGAGUCGGAGCCCCCCCCCUCCUCUGCUUGUUCACCGGGGGACGCUCAGCAGAACUGCAUUGUGGGUCGCGGCCCGAACUGUACAUAAAGCUUUUCUCAGUUUAAUUCUCUUAUUUUUUUAAGAGCAGUAAAGGCUGAAGAAUAAAUAAAGAUAAAGAUCCCCCCCCCCCCCCCCUUUGGAUUCAGGGCCUCAGCAGAAGACCUUGUCGGUCAUCGUAGCAUCGGAGCAAAACAAUGAAAGAAGAGGAUCCAACAGUUUUUUGUUUGUUUUUUACACAGAAUGACAACGCUUCCCAUUGUUAGAUUGUGCGUGCGUGUGUGUACGUACGUGCGCGAGGAAGUCUUGUUAUUCCCACAUCCUGUCGAUCAUGUUUUUUUAUUCCUACAUUGCAGAGCGAGGGGCAGCUUGGUGUUUGAAGGCUUUCUCUCUGCUAUAUUUACUAUUAUUAUUCCAACGCUAACCGUACAGCUAACUCCGUUUGCUAAAGAGCCUCGUAGUUGUUUUUAGGAGUGGAGCGAUGACAUCACGCUCCACCAGAUGAGUCCCUCGCAAUGGAGACGUCCAAUGAGAAGAGCUCUUUUGGUCGGGGCUCCGCCUCCAUUGGGCCCCCCCCCCCCCGUCGGAAAGCGAGUCGUCUGAUUGGUCCUCCGCGAGCUCUGUGCCCUCUAUGCAACUUACCAGGUGUCCCGUUCGGCCUGUCACGUAGACUGUAAUCACUGCCUUUUAGACACUGUGAACUUUUUGGUACCCUAUAUUUUUGUAUAUUGUACAUUAUGAAAGGAUAAUAAACCUUGAUGCCAACAGCUAAA